GCGAGAGGGCGUAACAAACGUUUUGGUUUUGUUUCUCGUCCCAUAACCAACGGAAACUUGUCGUUUGCGGAAUUGUUUGUUAAUUUAUGAGUGCUGCCAACCUCCGGUAAAAGAUGUCGAAGUUUAUGCGACAAAGUAAGUACCGCCACGUUUUCGGGCAGGCCUUGAAGAGAGACCAGUGUUUUGAUGGUAUCAGGGUGACUAAGAUCGGCUGGGAAUCAACAUACUGCUCAGUGAACCCCAAAUAUGUGGCUGUCAUUGUGGAGGCUGCUGGAGGUGGAGCAUUCCUUGUGCUCAACAUUAACAAGCCUGGACGUAUUGACAUGAACGCCCCCAAAGUCGCUGGACACACCCAAGCAGUGCUUGACAUCGCUUGGAGCCCUUUCAACGACGACAUCAUCGCCAGCAGCUCUGAGGACUGUCACGUCAAAAUCUGGGAAAUCCCUGAAGGUGGCUUGGUGACAAACUUGGAGGAACCGGUCGCCGAUUUGUUCGGACAUGAGCGUAAAGUUGGAAUUGUCACAUGGCACCCAACAGCAGAGAAUGUGCUACUCAGUGGAGGUUUUGACAAUCGUGUCAUCGUGUGGGACGUGGGAGAGGAGGAGCCUUUGGUAGAAGUUAACCUUGCUGACGUCAUCCUCUCCGCCUCCUGGAGUUAUGACGGGAGCCGAUUCGUCACCUCAACCAAAGACAAGAAAUUCCGAGUCAUAGAUGCGAGAAAAGGAGAAGUUAUUCAGGAAGGUGACGGUCAUAAAGGGUCCAAACCCAGCCAGGUGCAUUACCUCAAAAAUGGCCAAAUUUUCAGCACAGGUUUCUCGAGGAUGAGUGAAAGACAAUACGCCCUCUGGAGUGAUGAAGAUUUAUCAAAACCAUUGACGAUGGAAGAAAUAGACAACAGCAAUGGGGUGAUGUUUCCAUUUUAUGAUGCAGAUUCUAGUAUGGUAUACCUAUGUGGAAAGGGUGACAGUAUAAUUCGGUUUUACGAAAUAACAGACGAGGCGCCAUACGUUCACUACUUGAGCUUGUUCCAGUCAAACACUCCUCAACGAGGCAUCGGCUGGAUGCCUAAGCGAGGACUCAACGUUAACAAUAAUGAGAUUGCAAGGUUUUUCAAGCUUCAUAAUAAUGGGCUAUGUGAGAUUAUACCCUUCACAGUGCCGAGAAAGUCGGAGUUGUUUCAGGAUGACUUGUACCCAGACACACGAGGUGACACGCCUGCCAUGUCGGCGCAGGAGUGGUUCUCUGGGAUGAACAAGGAACCCGAGAUGAUCUCCCUUAAAGAAGGUUUCAAAUCAAAAACAAAAGAAAAAUUUCAGUCUCAUCGAAAGUCAAAUGUGAAAGACCGAGUCCAAAGCAAAAGGUUUUCUUCGACAACUUCCGCAAAUAGUCAGGGCGAUGCAAAGCCAGCUGCGGCCCCUCCUGCAGCAGCCGCACCAGCUUUACCACCGGCAACCAAGAGUGCUCUGCCGGAGGGGUUCGAACCCAAAGAAGUUCUUGACGAAUUGAGGAAACUGCGAGAAACUGUGAAGAAACAGGACCGAAUCAUCCAGGAUAUGGAAUCGAGGCUGACAGCCUUGGAAGUACAGGAAGAGGUUCUGGAGGAGGGGGAUGAGAAUGAGGACGGAGAACAUGUAUGAUCACCAUCGCUGGACCCUUCCCCCUCUCGACACCCUCAUCUAAAAGGCUUUUUCUGAAUGGGCUCUAUCUUAAAUUCAUGUGAUAAACUAAAAAAAAGGCGUUGCAUACAAAUGAUGAUUUGUAUUUCGUAUUUGUAACACUGGAUCUUCCCUUCGGUAGAUGUAGAUUUUAGGUAGAGAUGAGAAAUGUGAAGACUUUUUGAAAUUGCCCGUCUCGUAGUUUGACCAGUUUUCAUGGUGUCCGAGAGGGCAAAGUCACCAUGGACAUAUACCUGUAUAUUACCAUAUAUAACUAUACAUACAUAUAUAUGUAUAUAAAUAUAUAAAUGAUAAGAUAUGUUCAAGUGUAAUGUUUUUUUAAAAAAGGGAUGUUUUUUUGUAAUACAACACCAAUAGGAUGCAUAAAUUUUUUUUAAUUUGAAGCUUUUGCCAAAAAAAAAAAGUCAGUUUGCAGAGAAUUUGCAGUAAAUUGCAAAGACAGAUAUUGAUGUAUUUUUUGACAAUUAAUGCAGAUUGCAUUGAUUACAAUAAUCAAUAACCAAACCAAAUGUAAAUUGAAUAUAUCAGAACACAGUUAACAUCUUGCUAAAACUUGCUACAUUGUUGCAAAACAGAUGGUUUUAACACCCGGGUUUUUUUUUUUUUUUCAUCACAUCAAGGGGGCUGACUUGGGUUCCAAAUUAGACUUGCAUAUCUUGACUUGACAGGAUCAUUUUUAUAUGCGGUGAAUAUCUCUACAUAAUAAAUCAUCAUCAUGUAACGGAAACUAACAUUCUGAUUAUUGAAUGUUAAAUCUGCUUCGCGAAUAUAGUUUGUUUCCCGAUCAAUUGCUGGAGUACUUAGUACAUUGAAGAAUCAAGCUGAGCAUGGCCUGUUACUUAAGCUCCGCUCUGUAAACUGCCAUACUGGAGAACCAUAGUGGUUGGCAAAGCUAUCCACAGAGCAUUUCUGAAUAAAAUAUCAAGUAGCUCACAUGUAAUCAAGCUAACAAUGAAUAAACUUCAGCUUAUAUUCAUACACGUAUAAUUGCAUGUAAUACUGGAACGGCAAUUGGACUUUUAGCUUUAUUUUGUCACAUAAUAAAUGGUAAUGUCAAGAGGUGAAUAGCUAUUUUUUUAUAUUGCAGUAAUUAAAGGCUUGUGGCACUGCUGGUUUGAUUUGAAUGCUGUACAGUAGCUUACUCAGUUGCACUAUUAUGAGAAGUAUAUGCUAAUUUUAUGUAUGUACUCGCAACAAGGUGCUGAUUAUUGUCCGGUCAUUUUCAUGAAAUGUCUUUUUUUUUUUUCUUUUUAAAUUGUUAUUAUUAGAAUAGUGUGUAUUUUUGUAGAUUUCAUCAUUCCUUAUUUCAUAAUGACAGUUUGAGAUCUCUUAUUAAUAGGAGUUGGAAAAUAUU